AUGGCAACAGCCGCAUCGGAAGUUGAAGUCGAAGUCAUCGACUUGACUGGCCUUUCAUCGGAUUCGUCGGGCUCGGAGGAUGAGGGAGUCACCAACGAGGAACUUUCGGGGCAGGAAGACGACGAAGAUGGCGAAGAGCUUGACAUGGACGACACGACGCGAAAGGCCUUACAUAUCGCGAUCGCAACAGCCCCGUCUCCUCGACUGCGUCAGGUAGUGGCAUUACUAGUCGACAGCAGCCCAGAUUUCGAACUGGCGGCGGCGAAACACUUAGUAACGCGUAAAGGACGCGCACAGAAAUCUAUUCCACGCUAUGACCUAUGCGCGAAUUGCCUAGAGGAGUAUGACACGCGAGCGGAGAGGAUGGACGAAGAGUGUAUAUUUCAUCCAGGCGAGUUGGAAUGCAAUGAAGCAGCGUUUGUAGAUUGGGACGAAGAUGUCCACGGUCCGAUGGACACGGAGGACAAUCAACGAGAGUACCCCGAGAACUUCAACUGGACAUGUUGCGAAGCAGACGGUACAAGUCCUGGCUGUUUGAAGGGCCACCAUACCAACGAGAGCCCCAAUAAACGUAGAAGAUUAUCACCUUGA